AUGAAAACGAAGGCUCUGGCAGAGUACAAGACAACUUUAUUGAAAAUGGAUAAUAGAAUUCUAAACAUGGAGAAACUGUACGGCGCAUCUUUUAUAUGGCAUAUUGAAGAAUUUUCGAAAAAGUUGAAUGAAGCCAAAUCUGGCAAAAAAACCACAUUUUUCAGUGCACCUUUUUAUACGCAUCGCUAUGGCUAUCGGUUGGUUCUCUCAUUGUGCCCAAAUGGAGAUGGAUCUGCGAAGGGACAGUUUGUCUCGCUCUAUGUAUGCUUCUGUCGUGGUGAGUACGAUGCUCUCUUGACCUGGCCAUUUUCUCAUCAGGUAAGCCGGACAACCUUUACUUUAGUCCUUUAA